AUGUCUAUUAGGAGGACUAGUCGCCAGGACGGGUCUAUUAGGAGGACUAGUCGCCAGGACGGGUCUAUUAGGAGGACUAGUCGCCAGGACGGUCGAUUCUUCACGGCAGAAACAAUAGCCUUCUGGGACAUCAAUGCCUGCCCGAUUCCUGAUGGCCUCGAUGCAAGAGAUCUAAGCAAGUGCGUUAACCAGACCCUUAUAAACAUGAAUUACUGUGGUGAAGUGUGUUGGAGGCUAUACGGCGAUACUGAAAUGGACAAAAUCGGUCCGACUAAUCGUACACUUCGGUAUUGUGGCAUGCUUAGCAUGCCAAUAUUGGAGCAGAUAUUACUGGACUUAUACGGUGAGACUCUGUCUAAACGUGGUACACCAUUAAAUAUAGUGCUAAUUGCUGGAGAUAUAUCAAAAGACGAAGCCAUCAUCAAUGCUUUCACUCUUUUGCCAAAGAGUGGUUGGGUCAAUAUUCUUGUAUGUCAGCCAUCAGCUGUUGAGGCAGCAGUAUUCUCCUCUAAAGUUCAGCUUCCACCUUGGGAAAAAUUUGUAGAAACUGCUUUUGCGAUUCUUGAAAAGAGGGGGAAAGAUAGGCGUUUCUUUGGUGAUAUCUGAAGACAAAAUCAAGCAAGCUUUCUCUCACUAUAUUGCUUCGUUUUUCUCUAAACUCUUGUGUCUUUCCUAUGAUUUUCUGUUGCUAAAGCCUUGUAUUUUAACUUAAAGCAAUAAAAAACAAAAACUAUGGAUUUGGUUAUUAUUUUUCAUUCUCUAUGUUUCAUUUUGC